UGUGUGUGUUGCCCUCCUCCUCCGCUCAUUGUAACCCAGAAUCGGAGAGGAGGAGAAGCUUGGCCUCGAUGAGAGUUCACCACAGAGAGAGAAAGAGGAGUGUAACGUAAGAGACCAGCAGCAGCCAACUGAGCCUUUACUGAGAGACUCUUCUACAGCAGGAGCUUCUGAUCAUCAUCAUCAUUUUAACCACAGACGCUUCUUUAACAGCUUUUUCUGAUUGAAAGUUUUUUUUUUAUAUAUAUUUGAUUUUGAAGAAGUCUUCUCCAAAUGCUUGGGACAAUAACUUUAACAGUUGGCCAAACAGAUGCCAUGCCUCAGAAGGAGGACAGCCCCGAGAGCAUUGAGGUGCUCCAGGAUGAGGUCUCCCCACAAGUUAAUGGAGACCAAGAAGAGGAUAAAUCUAUCAGUGUAGAUAAAACUACAUCUGUAAGUGAAGAGAAGGUUGAGGAUAAGCCUAAUGAGUCAAACGAAGUGGGCUUCAAAAAGAUCUUCCGCUUUGUGGGCUUUAAGUUCACACUGAAGAAGGACAAGAAUGAGAAGGCUGAACCUGUGCAGCUACUGACAGUGAAGGAAACCGACGAUGGUGCUUCAGAGGCUGCUACUGCAGAGGAAAGCAAGGAGGAGGCUGCAACAGAGGAAGAAAAGCCUGAGAAAGAAAGUGCACCUGAUGCUCCAGAGACAGAGAAAGAGGCAACCACUGAAGAUGCUGUGCAGGCAGAAGCAGUAACAGAUCUUGCUGCAACCGAUGCACCGGCAGAGGUCGUAAAAGACAGUGUUGCAGAACCUGAACAGCAGCAAGCUGAAGAAGUGGAGACAGCUCAAGAAAAAGAGUCAGCUGAAGAAGUGGCAACAACUCCAGAGAAAGAGAAAGAAGCAGAGGUGCAAACCGAGUCCUCCAGUAGCCCACCCUCCCAGGAGACACCGUCCCCCUUCAAAAGAUUCUUUACUCAGGGAAUCUUCUCGAACCUGCGUAAAAAGACAAGCUUCAAGAAAUCCAAAGAUGAGGAAGCAGUGAAGGAGAAGCCUCUAGAGGAAGAUAUAACAGAAACUGAAGAGAAAGCAGAAGAGGCAGUAGCUGAAGACAAAGAGGUGAAAGAGGAAGCAGAGGAAGAGCCAAAAAGCGAACAGGUUGAGGAAUCAGCUCCUACAGAGGAGAACAAGGCUGAAGCAAGCCCUGAAAUUGUGCCAUCUACCACUGAGGAACAGAAAGCAGAAGAGGAGAAGGUGCAGGUUGAGGUGACAAGUGAGCCUGAACCACCCCAGGAGGCUGAACCUGUUGCUCAAACUACAACAAGUGAAGUUACUGAGAUCCCUGUUGCUGACACUGUUGAUGAAGCCAAACCCAUUAAUGAUACCAAACCUACCGAAGACAAGCCAGAAGAAUCUGUGGAACAAGCACCACAAAGCCCUGAAAUAGAGGCAACCGCUGAACCUGAACUGGUGUCAUCUCAAGAAAAACCCAAGGCUCAGGGAAGCCCACUGAAGAAGUUGUUCACAGGAGCAGGUCUGAAAAAGUUGUCCUCCAAAAAACAAAAGAGCAAAAAAGAAGCAGAAGCAAAGCUAACAGAAUCAGGUGAGCAAGUAGCUGAGCAGAUUCAGUCAUCCACUGAAUCAGCCGAGCCCCAGAAACCCGACAGUGGACCGUCCUCUCCAGAAGAUUCUGGAGAACAUGUUGUUGGAGAGGUCAGUCAGGCCAGUCAGGUUGAGGCUACUGCAGAAGGGGAAAGUGAGGCAGUUACCUCAGACAGUGAGAAGAAGAAAGAUGGUAUUAUUCCUUGGUCCUCCUUUAAAAAAUUAGUCACUCCAAAGAAACGUGUCAAAAGACCAUCUGAGAGUGAAGAUGAAGCACCUGCAGACAAACCCAAGUCUGCCACUCUGUCCUCAACAGAGAGUGCAACCAUAGAAGACAAACCUGAGGAGACAAAACCAAGCGAAGAAGUAAAGGAUGAAGCUAAGGAGGAGGAGUCACAAGCUGAACCUAAAACUGAGACAAAAGCUGAGAAGCUUGAACAAAGCACAGAGGAACCGAAGAAAAAAAUGGACACUUCUGUCUCCUGGGAAGCUCUUAUCUGUGUGGGAUCUUCCAAAAAGAGAGCUCGGAAAACUUCAGACUCUGAUGACGAUGAAACUAAGAUUGAGGAAGAAGUGCAACCGUCUGUAGAAGAACAGGUUAAGACUGCAGAAUCUCCAAUUGUAAGCUCCCAGGAGGCUGAACAUGAAACUCUGGCGUCCUCUCCAGAGCCAGAGGGAGAACCUGUGUCUACAUGGGAGUCUUUUAAAAGGCUGGUAACACAUCGUAAGAAACCAAAAGCGGAGGACAAAUCUGAUGAAGCCUCAGGUCCAGAGCAGACAACGUCUGAUAGUGAAGCCCCCAAAGAAGAAUCAUCCUUUUCCUUCAGAAAACUAAUUCCUCGCAGGAAGAAGAAGUCUGACGCCAAACAUGAUCCAUCUUCCGAUGUUGGAUCUGCAGAAGAAGACUCUGACACCCCAGCUGUGGUGCCUCUGUCAGAGUAUGAAAAUGAACAAUCAGAGAAAGCUGAAACAGAAAAGAAAGAGGAGCCUAUUGUUGAGGAAGUAGAGGCCACUCCUGUGAAAGCCGCCGCUGAAGACAGAUCACCAUCUUGGAUUUCAGCUGCUGUGGAGAACGCUGAAGAGGAAGCAGAUGGGAAGCAGCUAAGUGAUAUUCCUGAAGAAGGAGAUACAGCUGCUACACCUAAAUCGACUGACAACACCAUUGCUGAGGACAUUGUAGAAUUUACGUCAGAAGCUGUAACUGCCCUUGAACAAGCAGAAGAAACUGAAAUGGUCUCUGCAGUCUCACGCAUUACAGCAUCACCUGUCACAUCUGGCGAGACCACACCAGUUCCAGGAGAUGGUGUGGUAGAGAAGGCUGAGUCCAUUCUACAGGAGGCUGUUGAGACUAUUAAUGUUACAUCAAGUGCAAUGGCUGUCACAGUAACUCAGGAGCAGGAGACAGUUACUGUAGUUGACUCAACUGUAGUUGAGUCUGGCAUCAUCGAAGAGAAAGUGGUGUUGGUUUCUCAUGAAAAAACUGAAGCAACAACUAUUUGCACUGGCCUUGACACCAGUGAAAUCAAAGCCGUGGAGGAGGAGAGCCCUGUGAAGGCUUCAGUUGAGUCUGUCACAGUUGUUGCUGAAGUGGUGUCCGUGGAGGUCGCUGUUGAAGACCAAACUCCAAAAGCUGUGGAAGCUGGAGUGGAUGAGCAAAAGGUUUGUGAGGCACAAAUAAAUGAAGUUCAGACUGAUUACAAAGAACAGCUUCAGGCACCUAUCGAAAAUGCGGUAGAAGAGCCAGCACAGCUAGAGGCAGUUGAAGAGACACCAGCGGCUGAGACUGUACAUGAACUUCAGGCAACAGCGACAGCAGUCAAGGCAGCUGUGGUCACAGCUGUUCAACAGGAAGCACAGAUUCUUGAGGAACCACUGGUGGCAGAAAACUCCCCAAAGUUGGAGACCGAGGGUCCUAUUGAGCCAUCUGUAGAAGAGUCAGUCUGUGCUCAGACUGUGGAGGUCACAGAAGUUGCUGUUGCUGAAGGUGAGAAGGUACAAGAGCUGAAGGACGUUGACAAAUCAGUUGCCAGUGUUGUAGUGGCAUCUGUAGAGGGACUAGCCGUGGCUGUGUCAGAAGAAAUCAAACCCUCACUUGCAGAUACCCCCAUCGUUGAGAUAACAGAGGCUCAAGAAGAUGCCAUUCCAGUUGUGGCCCAAACAGAAGAAUCUGCAGUGACUGAAGAAGUUAUCUGUGUGAGCCAAGCCAUAGUAUCCUUCACAGAAUCAGAAGUAAAGGAGGAGAUUGUUAUGGAAGAAGUUCCACCAGUUGAGUCAACAAGUGAGCACAAAAUCGAGGUUGCUGUGAAAGAGAUUGAGAUUGUUUCAGCUAAAGUCGAGGUUGAGGGACACAUUGAAGUUGCAUCAUCGAAAGUAAGUGCUGUGGUUGAGGAAGCGUGUAAGAAAGUCCAGGAAGAGGUAACACUUUCACAGGCAGUGGAUGUGAAGGAAGUAGAAGCCAUUCAGGAGCAGAGCACAGUCAUUGUCCAGGAAGUCAUUCAGAACGUUGUGGAGAAUCUAAGUGAAUUGUGCAUGAAAAAAGAAACAACAGAAAAACCUGAAGAAUCAUUAAAGCCUGAAGAUAAACCAGCAGCUUCUGAAACAUCAGAGGAAAAGGCUACAGUAUCUGUCCCAACCGUAGAAGUAACACCUUCCGUAGAUGUUACAGUCCAGGCUGAAAAAUCUGAACCUGAAGCACCAGUACAGGAGGAAAAACCUGUGGAUGAUGUAGCAGUUCAAGAAGAAAAACCUGCAGUGGAAGCAUCAGCAGAAGCCGAAAAACCAGCAGUGGAAGCACCAGUAGAAGAAGAAAAGCCUGCAGUGGAAGCACCAGUUGAAGAAGAAAAGCCUGCAGUGGAAGCACCAGUUGAAGAAGAAAAGCCUGCAGUGGAAGCACCAGUUGAAGAAGAAAAGCCUGCAGUGGAAGCACCAGUUGAAGAAGAAAAGCCAUCAGCUGAAACCAUCUCUGAGAAGCCACUCACAUCUGACACUGAGAACAAAGCAGACGAACUGAAAACCCGAGUAGUCACUGAGCCAUCACUAAUUGAAGUCAGUGAAGCCGUUCAGAUUUCUGAAACCGUUCCAGUUGCUCUUACAGACAAAAUCCAGCCAGAGAAAGAGGAGAUCGCCACAGUCUCUGUGGAUGCUGUACAACAAUACACAGAUGUGGUAAAGCAGGAGGUGGAACUGAAGGAAGUUGAAAAGCCUGUAGAGGAGAAGACUGUUGUUGAGAGCACAGGAAGUGAGGAGGGAAAAUGUCAAGUUGAGAAUGAUCUCAAGGAAGUGUCAGAAACUAUCCAGCAGGUAACCACAGAGAAAAGCAGCGACGUAACACAAAUAGUGACUGUUGUAAGCACAAUGCAAGCUCAAGUGAUAGAAGAGCAGUGUCAGAUUGAGACAACAAGUGAAAUUAAUGUUGGAAUCAUAAAUGUUGUGGAUGCUGAUGGAGAAACGGCGACGACCUUGAAAGAAGACUGCUCAGAGAAUCAGAAGCCAGAGGAGGACAGACCUCAGACAGCACUGGAAGAGUCCCAAAAUGAAGUGUCAACAACAGAUGUGAAAAAAUGCCCGUCCGGAGAUGCCACCUAUCAAAAGACAGAAGCGAAAGCCAUCGAGGUGAAAAUGGCUGUUGAGGAGACGGUGAAUGCCAUUAAAGAGGAGGAGGUGACCGAGGAGGUGGUCAAUGACAUUGACCCUGUCUCCACAGAGAUUGCAACAGUGUCAUGAGCCAGCUCCACGGUGGUGAGGUGGUUGUAUGGGAAGCGUAGCAUUCCAAAAAGCAGGAAACGAGAAGCUACUUGUGGAGGACAGAAGGAGAUAGUGCUCUGAACCCUUAUCAGAGCAACAGACUACAAAGCCAGUCUCUCUCUCCUUUCUCUAUUCAUCCACACAGACAUCUAUCCAUCCAUUCAUCUAUCCCUCUUUCCUCGUCUCCACCCUGUUCACACCACAUUAACUGUACAAUCACAGAGAUGUCUCAGUUCCUGGCCCUCGCUGAGGGUUUCACAUUCCCGGCACCACUCAUCAUCAUCUUCAUCAUCAUCCCUCCUACACAGAGCAGACGCUACUCAUCCUGUCAUUGCGGUGACAUCAUUUCAUUCGUUUUAUUUUUACGGCCCUGUUGUCGAGGGCUGCUGUUGGAUGGAGAGAACACGUGUGUGAAAGCUUUGUGAAUGUUUGUAUGUGUAUGACAAAAAAGAGAGAGAGAAAGUGUGUGUGAGAGAGAGAGAGAGAGAGAGAGAGAAUAUCUUGAGUGUGGUUGUGUGUGUGUGUGUGUGUUUGAGAGAGUUCGUCUGAGUGGGUUCUCAUCUUGUAUAUUGUAUUUAUAGCUAAAAUAUUCUCUCGGCCAUCACAGCCACGUCCUCUUGGUGUUAAACUCCACUGAAACGGUGGGAGAACGUCGUUAUCCUAAUGUGAGAGUCUAAACUCUGCGUUUUUUACAAACAUGGUACACACAUGCACUCAGUUAACCCUCAUCAGCCAUAUUACACCACUGUAAACAUGUGGCCAUAAAUUUAUUUCACUUUCAACCACAGAAAAAUAACCCAAUGAGAGCCAGCAUAAUCAGUUCCAUUCCUACUGUACAUACUAGGCAUUCUUAGUUUUUUUUUUCCUGACUGUGAAGCUUAUUUGAGUCUCCUCGUCUUUGAGAACCACACAUUAUGGCAGUAAAACACAUCUCACCUUUAAUAUGUGACUAUUUAUCAGAGAAUAAAAUCAGUAAAUCUGAUCUGAACUGGUGUUAUAGGAGUUCUUUAAUUCUUUUGGACAGCUUAAGUGCAUCUGUGCACGCUCUCAGACGUCCAGUUAAGAAUGGACACUUUCACAGUUUGUAGCCACAUAAAAAUAAAUGAACUUUACUUUGGUAUUGUUUAACUGGUUUCAUGUGGAGCAGGGGUGUCCAAUCUUCUCCACAGAAGAUCUGGAAUGGUCCACAAGGGUCUGCAAAGUGCCAAUGUGGCUGCUACAUGUUUUAUUCCACACAAUGAAUGAUUUUUGAAUCACUUAAAGUGGUUAAAGGAAAGGACAGGAAAAGCUAGCUGUGUAUGUCCAUAUCAGCCUUGUUACAGAGAAGAUUGGACACCCUGUACGUGGACUGUUUUCUACACUGAGUGAUAUGGAGGAGAAUGUUGUCACUUGUUGUUUAAUUAUCUUGUAUCUCCAAAAGGACAAUUUUACAGGAGUAGAAGAAACACAGAGAAAACAACGUUAAAGGAUUUUAUUGGAGAUUUUUAUGGAGCAAUUCUUUUAAUCCAUUCAUUAUCAAAUUAGGACUCAAUUUAAAGAACACCAGACAAAUUCACGUAAUGAAAACAGUGAAACACAGUAAAACAGGAGAUACAGGUUUUUUCAUGACAUAAACAGUGGUGUAAUACACAGACUAGGUAGUGUUAUUGCGCCCUCUGGUGUCGACUCCAAGACUAGUCAGCCAGUCAGCUGGCCUUUAUUCACACUCCUUGUUUUUUAAUCUUGGUAAUGCUCAUUUAGAACACUUUUGUUUUUAUGUCUCUCGGCUCUGUAUUAUAGGCUUAUGGUAUUAUUAUUAUUGUUAUUAUUAUUAUUCAUCCAAAAUAUGAUAGUUUGCCUUCUCCAAUGCUUUACAUAUAACAGUUCGUUUGACUAUAUUACCGUGCUUUCUGUUCCUUUACUCCCUAAAUGUGACAUAUGAGCAAAAAAGAGAAGGUGGCAGUCUGUGUGUAUGAGGGGAUAGAUUUGUCGUUCAUUCAUCCAUUCAUUUCACUUUGAUUUCCCUGCCAUAUUAUUUAAGGAGAGACCUGCUGAUUUAAUAGAUUAAAGAAAUGCAAUAUAAAGGUCUCUCUUCUUCAUAUCCACACAUGAAGAACAUCAUCAUCACCACGUCCUCUCUGGUUCUUCACUCAUUUUCACUCAGUGUGUUGUCGUAAUCACAGUGACACUGGGCAGGCCAAGUACACAGAGAGCAUGUGCAGGACCCCGGCAGAAGAUGCUUUAUUUUUGCAAAUCAUAGAUGAAAUAGAGAAUAGUCCAAAUCUCUGUACUCCUGUCACAGCUUGUACGAACACCCAGCGUGCAUCCUUUUCUCAGCUUUUUAUAGAAUAUUACUGUGAAGUUCCUUAACAUUUGUACAAAUUGUAUACCUAUGUAUCUUAAGCCCUAAUAUUGUAAUAUUAACAAAUAACCGAUGAGAGCAUUAGGCGAUGUUAUGUAGCAUGGUCUUUUCCUUUUUUUAUUCCACAAGCUGUUAAUAGUAUGGAUACAUGUCUAUAUUUCAUUCAAAUAAAGCUAGCGUUGUAAAGCA